CGGCACCAACGCAAGAAGGAUGAACUCCAUUAUUUGAGGAGCCAAGUGACCGAACUCGAAAAAGACCUCGAGCGUCUCAAGAAUUCGAGCACAACUCACACGGAAGAACAAACCGCUACGCCGCCCUCAGAGGCUGAUGUUACUUUGCUGUGGGAACGGGUAGCUCAGAACCAGAGGAAGGAGCGGGUGAGGGCGGAAGUGGAGAACGCCAAGCUCCGAGAGCGACUCGAGGGCCAACUCAAACUUGCCAAGAGCCUGGAGAAGCUGCUGCGUAAACGUCCGGCGGAGGAUGAGGCACUGGGGGGACGUCAUGACUCGAAGACGAGGCCGCGAACGGCAACGGGUGUUGAGGAGUCGACGAUUUUUGCCCUGUUGUCUGGGAGAGUAGACACUUUGUACGAGCGCGUGGACUCAGUGGUAAAUGAGGCGGGACUAGCGGUUGUCAGGCGCGAGCGCAAUGAAGCUCAGGUGAAGCGAGAUAACUUUGGAAGGGUUUGUGUGGAGCUGGUCGACGCUAGAGUCCUCCCGUUUGGUGUUCAAGACGUCGCGAGGGCGGUGUGGAAAACGCUGACAAGCAAGCGCAUUGAGCUGGACAACGGGUACUACAAGGCUGAAUUAAUAUUUGGCUUUUGGCAGGCUUUGGAUUGCACGGAUGACAUAGUUCGAGCAGAGUUUUGCGUCACGAUGCGUCUCCGCCGGGCAGAGGAGGCUCUUGUGCGUAUGCAUAUCUUCGGGAGGCGCUUGAUGCAGGAGAAUCGGGUUGUUAUGGUUUGGGCAACGUUCGGUCAAACGGAAGGGGCUCCGUUCGGCAUGCAGCGCAUUAAUCUCAGUGAGAGCGGGUGGACUCUGGUGGAAGACACGGCGGGCGAUGUUCCAGGUGGAUCCAUUGUGCAGUCCUGUGUGCGUUUGACACCCGAGCUGGACGACGCUCGUGGUCCUAAGGAGCAUGUUGGAGUGCUGGCAGACCUUGUCAUCGGCUCGUACGGGUUGAACAUGCAGACGCUGCACCAAGCAGUGGAAAACUGUCUGGUGCAAGACGCACUG